CUACUUCAUUAUGCGGAACGCACGAAUUCAUACAAGCCAACACGGACAUGACUAACCUCAAGCACUUCAAGCACGGAAUGCUCAGCCUUAAUUAGGCUGCUCCAGAAAGUAAAGGAGGUCGGUUUGACUGUAGGUUUACUUUCUAUCAAUCUCCGUUGUGAGAGGGGUUGUGGUAUGUCUCUGCGUGUUACAGUUGGUCGUCUAUCAAACUCGCUUGUCUUCCAUCCCAAUUUACUGAUCCGUUAUGCUUCCAGUGAGCCGACUGAUGAGCAAGGUGGAUUUACGCGGUCAAUCUACUCCAAACCUAUGUAUAAAUAUGUUGUACGUGACGGGAAAUCUGUUAAAAUAUAUACUGGUUUGGUGACAAAAUCGUCUCGUCCUGCUGUUAAAUUUCGUGAACUUCUUCAGAAGGCAUGGAGUACAGAAACUCUGACAGUGGAUAGCCUCAGAUCAUUGUUGCUAUCACGAAUGAAGGAACGAAACCGACGAAGACAAAUAGUUUCUGACAAAGACGUUGAUAAACUAGGACUAGAUAUUGCCAUAGCUCAUAUGGUGUGCAGUCUGGGCGGUCGCGUUCAGCUCAUCGGUCACACUAGCUGGAUUCAACCAUAUGCUGGGGUCCCUCCUAUACUACCAAAUAAAUACGAUGAUGGUUUCGUGAUCGAAAGCAUUGACCUGUCAGGUACCAAUAUUGUAUAUGAAGGACUAGAGUUUUUACCCUGUUUAACUCAUCUAAGGUACUUAAAAAUGAAAAGAUGUAUACAUCUUGAUGAUUUUUGCUUGUCGAGAAUUGGACGUAUCAAAGGAUUACAAUUUCUCGAUGUCAGUGAGUGCCCUACUAUUACUUCAAAAGGCCUAGCGACAUUGGCACACUUAAAAGCUUUACGCCGCCUAAUAGUGAGUGGAAACCCACAGAUUGAAGACAAGGAAUUAGUUUGCCUCCUACUAGAAGAUCACUUACCAAAAUUAUACAUUGACGGUGUUGACUACAUCGGUCAACUACCUGAUAAAUCAAAAGAAAAGAUCUUAAGGUUAGUAUCUAGAAACGAAAAGUUUACUCAAACACAAAACGAGGAGACCAAUGUAGACAAAGUUUAUUUGAUUGACAAAGCAUAG